AUGGUGAAAGAAGUCAAGUUGCUGAACCCUUCCGUUUUGAUCAGUAUGGAGGAUAACACAGGUCAUAUUCAGACUGGUGGGAAUAACAAGAGAGAAGAAGCGACCUUACGAUUUCGCUACCGUCAGGUUUUUUUCAAGGUUGGCGUUAUGUUAAUAUAUUUUGGCAUUCUUUCAUGGCGUUUUAUCAGCUUUGUUCUGUACAGCAUUCACGCUACAGAUUGCUUCUUCCGGGAAAAACUCGCGAGUUUUCGCUGCAAAAACUUCACGAUAUUUUCUCACGCAAAGGAACUGGAGAUAAGUUGGCAGAUGACUUCGUUUAUCAACACCGUACUUGUUAUUCUUGUGCUACGAAAGGUGCCAAACUAUAAAGGAUAUAUUUCUGCUCUUCGAAACAACUCGAAGCAUGCCCGGUUCUGGUCGCUUUUCGCUCAGUUAAUGGUUGCUGUUGGUUACAACAUCAUCGUCAUAUCCACAGAAACAUCUAGAGUAAGUUUAAUUAUUGAAGUUAUGUUCAUUCUCGGAGAGAUUGCGACGACCCUGGUUGUGUAUCUGUGGAAUACUGUACCCGCACCAUGGAAAGAACCCAGGGACAAAGUAAAUAAUUGGGCAUAUUCACUCACUCUAUUUUUAUUUAUCCUGGAGAACUUAUAUCUUUUCGUGUUGAUUUCUACGCAAGCAGCUUUCGAAGUAACAGGUGUGAAUAACUUUCAUCGAACACCAUCUGCCCUUCAGGCAGUUACUAUCGUGGUCAAUGCUGCAGAAGCCAGCUUUUAUUACGCCAUGAUGAAAUUCUUUUGGAACAAAUGGUUUACUGAUCAAAGAGAUCUUCUGAUCAGUGACAGUGUUUAA